AUGCCUUCCAGCAAUUCUUAUUCUUUUAAACAGCUUAGUCUGUUUGGUGUUUAUAUUCAGAACAAGCACCGUUCCGACCUAGGAUCCAUCAAAUACGUUGACAGAAAAGAGAUAUGGGUUUUUAAAGCUGAAGAGAAUGAGAGAUUUCACCCGAGAAAAAUUGAUUAUUUAUUGCCAUUUGAAGUUAAACCAUAG